AAAUGAACAAAGUUUUUUAAGAUUGUUUUGGAUGAAAGAGCGAUCAAAUGGGAGUGAAUUGCCGUAACCAAAUCUUAGAAAAAUUCAUCGAUUAAGGAGAUGGUUGAAUGCUUUUGCUAUCAUUUAGCAUUCAGACCUUUCAUGGCGUCAAAACCCUUUGUCACUAGGGCCGAGCAACCCAUCGCGCCCGAUCUCAACGCCGACCGAUCAGUUUUUCAUCGUGGGUCGUCUUCUUUCUCCUCUUCCGGUCGUCGCGAUCUGGUUUUCGUUGUUAAUCCUCGCGGUGCUAAUGGCAAGACGCUGAAGGAAUGGAAGAAGCUCGUUCCAUAUCUACGCACUCGCCUUGGUGAACAUUAUAAUAUCUGUGAAUCUUUGACCUCAGGUCCUUGCCAUGCUAUCGAUAUAACGAGGGAGGCAAUUCGGGAAGGUGCUGAUGCUGUGAUACCUGUAGGAGGAGACGGAACUUUUCAUGAGGUGGUUAAUGGCUUCUUUUGGGACGGAAAACCUGUUGUUAAUAAUGAUGGAGAAGUUCAUAAAUCAACCGCACUCGGUCUUAUACCCUUGGGCACUGGUUCAGAUUUUGCAAGAACAUUUGGUUGGAAUAACAAUCCUAUUGAAGCCGUGGAUCGUAUAGCUAAAGGAUUGAGGUCCCGAAUUGAUAUUGGGGUUGUCAAUAAAGAAAAUGGAGAGUAUCAUUACUUUGCAAAUGUUGCAGACAUUCAUUUGAGCGCUAAGGCUGGGUUUUAUGCUGCAAGAUACAAGAGAUUUGGAAACUUAUGCUAUGUUAUUGGUGCUUUGCAAGGCUUUAUAGGACAUAAAAACAAAGACUUUAAGAUUAAGGUUGACAACGGUGAAUGGGAGCUGUAUCCACAAGUAACUUCCUUGUGUAUUGGAAAUGCUAAAUACUUCGGCGGUGGAAUGAAAAUCGUACCGAACGCUGAUCCUUCCAACGGGAAUCUAGAGGUAGUAAUACUUCAGGAUUUCAAGUGGUACGAUUUCAUCCUUAAUUUACAUAAAAUAUACAAUGGGACACAUUUGACAGUGAAAAACGUAUCAUCAAGAAGUGUUCGUUCGAUCGAAGUGGAAGAAGUUUCGAGCAGUGGCAGCAUUUACGUUCAAGCUGAUGGGGAACACUUGGGAUUUCUUCCAAGGAAGUUCCAUAUUCUACCAGCUGCCAUUGAAAUGAUCUGCUGAAUAUGAGCCAAAUUUGAGUGGACAAAGUGGGUAGCAGUUUUGCUUUUGGUAUUUGCUACACUCCCCUUAACGCCAAUUUCUGGUUUUGUUUAUAUACCUUGGAGCAAAAGUUUAAUUUGGUAAUAUAUCCAACAGCAUUUUAGACUAGAUGUUUUUUCUCCUUUAGUUUUCUUUUUUCAUUUUUUAUUUCUACGUGUUCGGAGAAUUCAAACACUUUCUUCCUAACGGAGCGAAGAGUAUAUGUCAAUUAUCCCUAAACUAAA